AUGGUGAGGAUCUUGGCCAAUGGGGAGAUUGUUCAAGAUGAUGACCCCCGAGUGAGGACCACCACCCAACAGAGAAGUAACAGUCCUCGGCAGGGUUUUCUCAACAGAGGUCAUGGUGGACCUCCAGGGGGCCCUGGACCUCGCCAGCAGCAGGCAGGUGCCAGGCUGGGUGCCGCCCAGUCUCCCUUCAAUGACCUAAACCGGCAGCUGGUGAACAUGGGCUUCCCCCAGUGGCAUCUUGGGAACCACGUGAUGGAGCCGGUGACCUCCAUUCUCCUGCUUUUCCUGCUCAUGAUGCUUGGGGUUCGUGGCCUUCUGCUAGUGGGCCUGGUCUACCUGGUGUCCCACCUGAGCCAGCGGUGA